AUGGGCUUCGCCGAAUUCCAACACGAUCAAAUCUCGAAAAAGUUUGUUUUGCUGUUGGAGAAAUGUGAUGGUGGCGACUUACUAACUAUGAUCAAUGACAGACACAAGAUCUAUUCCAUGUAUACAGUCGUUUAUUGGGCAGAACAGUUGUUUUCGGCGCUUGAAUAUUUACGGACGCGAAAUCUCAUUCAUCGGGAUAUUAAAGCAGAGAACGUUCUUCUAUCUAUAAAGCCAAAUCAGCCAAAUUUAUCGCCAAAUAAAAUCGAAUAUGAUGUGAAACUUUGCGAUUUUGCCUUUACAAUUCAUCGCGAAAACACUACUUUUUUUUUGAUGGAAACUUGGGAGGAAUCUCCUAAAGGAACAUAUGCUUCAAUGAGCCCUGAAGUGUACAAUUGUAUGGAUUACCAAAAUGGCACAGCCAGGGCCUUGGGCUUAGAGUUGGCUGUGGAAACAGAUUUAAACGAAGAGCGAAAGAUUCGACCACUCGGAUUCGAUGAUACCAAGCAACGAAAAGAAUGUGCUUCGAGUUGUGUGAUGUUGAACAAAGCCCUUUCAUCAUUAUCAAAAAUCGGUGAAACAACUGAUCAUGAGCCCUCGGAUCGUCAUCGAAAACUUUUCCUAGAAAAAUUUGAUGAUGUGCAGCAGGCGAGUUUGGACGCUAAGGCAAUUUACGCCGGACAAUCGGCUAUUUUUUCUAAACGCUAUAAGGAGAUCGAUCCUGAAUUCAGCAAAAGCGAAAAGAUUAGAAGCGAUCGGAUUGACUUGAGCUUUAAACAGAUCCUAAUUGCCGAUUUCAAACACCAGGCCGAUGUUUUCAAAUCAACAUUCGAUGUGCUUAUUGAGACGGUGAACAUUCCUGCAACCGAGCUUAGUGAUUAUGUCUUUCAAUUGCAAAUUCCUCCAAGGCACUCGUCAACUUGUAAGAAUCCUGAUGAUCUCAUUCUUAAAGCUGGUUUCCCAGCAUCGACUUUCAAAGUUGUGCCGAAUCGAGACAGGAGAUCGUCGCAGAUUGGAAAUUUUACGUUCACCGUGAUGAGCAGAAGA